AUGAGUCAAAGAUGGGCGCUGGACAUGGCCAAUGACACCAUCCUUAAUGGUUUCAUCCUUUUGGGCUUCUCAGAUAGCCCCAGGCUGGAAAAGAUCCUCUUUGUGGCCGUGACUAUCUUCUACACAGUCACCCUGGUGGGCAACGUCACCAUCAUAGUCUUGUCCCAUAUAGACCCCCACCUCCACACCCCCAUGUACUUCUUCCUCACCCAACUCUCCUUCCUGGAUCUCUGCUUCACCACCAGCUGCAUUCCCCAGAUGCUGGUCAACCUCUGGGGUCCAGACAAGACCAUCAGCUACUGGGGAUGUACAACUCAGCUCUACAUCUUCCUGGGACUGGGAGCUGCUGAGUGUGUGCUGUUGCUAGUCAUGGCCUUUGACCGCUACGUGGCCGUGUGCCGACCUCUGCACUAUGCAGCCAUCAUGCACCCACAGCUGUGCCAGAAGUUGGCCUUCCUGGUCUGGGGAAGUGGCAUUUUUGGCACCUUGGUGCAGUCUCCCACCACCAUGAAGCUGCCCUUCUGCUACCACCACAGGGUGGAUGACUUUGUCUGUGAGGUCCCUGCCUUGAUCCGUCUGGCCUGCGGAGACACACGGGUCAAUGAGCUCCAGAUCUCGGUGAUCGGUGCCGUCUUCCUGAUGGGGCCGCUCCUGCUCAUCCUCGUCUCCUACGGCCACAUUGUCCAGGCAGUGUUAGCCAUCCAGUCAUGGGAGGGGAGGAGCAAGGCCUUCCGCACCUGCUCUUCCCACCUGGUGGUCGUCUUCCUCUUCUACUGCAGUGUCACUGCUGUCUACAUCCAGCCCCGGAGCCAUUUCUCUCAGAAGAGAGGGAAAUUCCUAACUCUUUUCUAUGCUGUGGUGACCCCCACUCUAAACCCCCUCAUCUACACUUUGAGGAACAAGGAUGUAAAGGGGGCCUUCAAGAGGCUGUUUGGGAAAGACAGAAUGGCCAGUAAAGAGUAA